UAUCUCUAUUCCUCUUCUAACUCUUCCAUCAUCUUCUAUAUCAAAUACUAGCUAAACCCUAGUUUUCUCUUACUUUCUUGCUCUUAUUUUUGUUCUCAAACAUGGCAGAGAAACAAAACCAACCCUUGAAUGGUGCCUACUAUGGCCCCUCAGUCCCGCCACCACGCCAAGCCUAUCACCGCCCUGGCCGUGGCAGAGGCUGCGGCUGCCUUGGCUGCCUUUUGAGACUCAUAGUCUCAUUGGUUGUCAUCGUUGGCCUUGCUGUUCUCAUCUUUUGGCUUAUCUUCCGCCCCACCAAAUUGAAAUUCUACGCCACAGAAGCCUCGCUUACCCAAUUCAAUCUCACGUCCAGCAACACUCUCCAAUACAACCUUGCCGUCACCAUCACUGCCAGAAACCCCAACAAGAAGAUCGGUGUCUACUACGAUUCUAUAGAGGUUAGGGCUUACUAUGAUGACCAGAGGUUUGGUACCAAGAGUUUGACACCGUUUUAUCAAGGGCAUAAGAGUACGGAUAUUUUGAACACUGAGUUUUCAGGGCAGCAAUUGUUGGUUCUUGAGGCUGAGGAGCUUUCUGAGUUUAAUUCCGAGAAGACUGCUGGGGUUUAUAACAUUGAUGUGAAGCUUUAUCUUCAGCUUAGGUUGAAGGUAGGAAAGUUGAAGACAUGGAAGUUGAAGCCCAAGGUUGACUGCGAGUUGAGAGUUCCAUUGAGUUCCAAUGGAAAUUCAGCCACUGGUUUUGAGAGUACCAAGUGCGACAUUGAUUAUUGAUAGGCACAGCUUCGACAUGUUUGAUUUUAUAUAUUAGUUUUUUUGGUUCUUUUUUUAUUAGGAUUUCUUCAUCCUUUUGUUUUCUCUAUACAUUAUAGUAUUAGGUUUGCGAGAGAUGGACUUGGUUAUUAUCUUUCUAUUUAUUUAUUUAGAUGAUUGGACUUUAUUAUGAUAUCUUCCUUGUUACUUUCGUUGUGUUUAUAAAUAAAUAAGGCCACGACUAUAUAUAUAGCCGCUA